AUGGCCGACACCGUCCCGACAUCGGCACCGGUCGAGGAUGUGUCAAUCUACAGAACACGUCGCGUCUGGUAUCGAACCACGCUUUUCAAUGCAUUCAUCAUCGGGGGCGUAGGCUUCAUGGCCCCAGGACUAUGGAAUGCCAUGAACUCUCUGGGUGCCGGUGGAGCUGAAUCGCCUUUUCUUAUCAACGCGGCUAAUGCGUUGGUUUUUGGACUGAUGGGAUUUCUGUGCCUUUUUGGAGGUCCUAUCUCCAAUCGGAUUGGUCUCAACUGGACCUUGUUAUUAGGUGCUGCUGGGUAUCCAGUUUAUUCAGCAGCUUUAUACACAAAUAAUCGCUAUGGCAAUGAGUGGUUUGUUCUUGUCGGAGCAGUUGCUUGCGGUUUAUCAGCCGGUCUCUUUUGGGCUUCUGAAGGUGCCGUUGCACUUGGCUACCCUGAGCCGGAGAGGAGAGGGCAAUAUAUGAACAUCUGGCUCUGGUUUCGUACCGGUGGACCUCUGCUUGGGAGUGCCAUUGUUCUUGGACUAAACCAUUCUGCUAGUGCAAAGAGCAAAGGCAAAGUUGGGUCCGAAACUUACUUGAUUUUUGUCGCACUCCAAUGUCUUGCUGUGCCUCUCGCUAUCUUCCUCACUCGUCCUGAAAAGGUGCAACGCAGUGAUGGAACAGCCGUGAAGAUAAUUGUACAGGAUUCAUGGAAAGGUGAACUUAUUGAAUUGUGGAAAGUCUCUCUUCGCAAAGAGAUUCUUCUCCUUUUACCUAUCUUCUGGGCCGCGUAUUUUAACCAGUAUAGUGGAAACUUUGAGACAUACUAUUUCGGUGUCCGCGCGCGAGCAUUAAUUGGCUUAGUUUCAUACAUUGCGGCCCUUCUUUCCUCAUGGAUUAUCAGUCGAUUCUUAGAUUAUCGUGGAUUAACUGUUAAGAGUCGCAUCACCUACAGCUUCUAUUAUGUUGUUGGGGUUCACAUUGUGGCCUGGGUUUAUGGCUGGGUAAUCCAAGAGAAAUACACUGCCAAUCCACCAUCCUAUGAUUGGGCAGACAAGGGGUUUACAGAGGGUGCUUUUGUCAUUAUCUUAUGGCAGUUUUCUCAGCAGGCACUGCAGAACUGGCUGUACUAUCUUCUUUCUACAAUGACGGAUAACAUCUCUGAACUAUCUCGAUUAUCUGGAGUCCUACGUGGACAAGAGAGCUUUUCCCAAGCUGUUUCCUUUGGAUUGAAUACCCGUGAUUGGUACGGAGGAAGAGUUCCACUUGCAGUUAAUACAAUCCUUCUUGGACUUGCGGUUCUUCCUACAUGGAUUGUUGUCAGGAAUCACAACCCAGUGGAACAAAGUAAAAACAAUGCGCUUAGCGGUGAUGUCCAAGAUGAAGAGCGACUUUCCUUUCAGGACUCGAAGGACAAGCCCGAUUAUAUUGUUGGCCAAAGUGAAAUUUAG